UGCACGUAUAUUUAAGUUUCACAAUUCAUACUCAAAGACGUGACAAACAAACAACUAAAAGAAUUAGUUUGUAAACAUUCUCCUUUUUAUAUUCCUUUUUUUAAAAGAUAAUUAUUAUAUAUAUAUAUAUAUAUAUAUAUAUAUAUAAUAUAUAUAUAAUAUAUCGUCUCAGCGGUAGAUGAUGGAUAAUAUAAUAUAUAAUAUAAUAAUGAAAAUAAACACAUUAGAAGGCAACAGCAAAGGAUAGGCCUUCAUAGGGUAGGUUGGGGCACACCUUAAGUCAUUGCUCAUUUGUCUCCAUUUAAGGUUAUUACCCAAUUAAUGUCAUCCAGAUAUUGCACUGAUCAUUUUAUUGUUAGUAGGUUACCAUAUUAACAGUUUUGCUUCGUUGCCAUCUUUAAAUGUUUCCCUUUGUUUUUGGCCCCAUAUUACAAACAUUUCAGUCUGAUAGUACCCACAUAUACCCACUGUUAUUACCAAGAAAUGUGACAGUUAAGGAUGAUUUAAAGCAUAGGUCUUCAACGGGGGGCCUGCAGGGGGGGUCGCAAAAUUGUUUGUCGAUAAAGCAAAAAACUAAAAUUAAUUAUAUAUAUUUUUAUUACACUUUUUUUUUUGUUGCUUUGCGCAUUCACAUUCCCUCCUCCGCUGUACUUCGCGAAGGGUGGCGACACACACCUACAGUCAGAGACGGAGUGAAGGUAAGGAGAGGGGUGAACUGAACAAAUGGCAACACAACAGAUGUAAUCUUACAUGAGUAAGUUCUUGUUUCCACGCUGAUUUGAUCUGAUCUGGGUUUUAUGCUCUUUGAUCCAAACACAUCUCACCAUCACCCCUAGAAACAAAUUAGACCUCAUUUCUACAUACCCUUUUAAAGCAGGUUUAACUGACACAAUGUCAUUUUGAAUUUAAUCUGCAAACUCUAAAGGACAUUUUUUUAAGAAAGCAAAAAGUCAUGUAUUGUAUGUUCUUUGUCUAGCAACUGCCAUUACAGGUGUGGCUUUUGCUUCAUUGGCUUUUGGUGGAAAUAAUCUGGCCUGUGUGCAUGUGCUAACCCACAGAAAGCUUUAAAAGGAAGUCAACACUUACAGCGAGAGUUGAGUUGUUGCACAACUUUCCUGCAGGCCGCACUCCGAACUACGGUUGAGCUGACGGCGAUGAAUCUUGCAGGUUACUCAUCUGAUAAUGUUCCAUUUCUUGGGAGGUAUGAUGGGACCCCUGGACAGCCUGGAGGAUCUACAACGGCUCAGUACACCACUGUGAACAUCUCCACUGAGCCCCCCAAGGACCACAUCAUCUGGUCCCUCUCCAACUUUGUCUUCGUAAACGUCUUUUGCCUCGGACUGGUGGCUCUCAUCUUCUCCAUCAAGCUGGACCGGAAGGUGGCUGGAGAUCUGGAGGGAGCCCGACGCCACGGCUCCACUGCCAAAUACCUCAACAUCUCGGCCACAGUCCUGACUUCCACCAUAGUCCUUAUUUAUAUUAUCAUAAUCACUUCGAUUACCAUCAGUGUACAGAGAUAUUAAUACUAUUAAAAUCACAGUGGCUAAAUUUAAAAAAGCAUGAGAGUUGUCUGCAGCUGUGUCUUGGUGAUACUUGUUUUUCUUUUCUUCAGGCUCAUGGCAUCAUUUUGAAUCUUUAUACCUUUUUACUUAUAUCCU